AUGACCUUUUCACAUAUAUAUUUCACCAAAUUUAAUAUAAAACCAACAGAACAAUCUUUAAUAUCAUUUGCAGCAGUAUUAAAUACAAUUGGAGCUAAUUAUGACAUAACAGAAUACUUCACGGACAAAAUUACAGACUUUUUAUCAAUUUUACUCUCAAUUUUGAAUAAUUUUCCAAAUUUACUCAUGAUUUUAAAUGAUACUUCUGAGUUAUCACCAUUUUAUGAACAAAUACUCGAUUUAUUGGAUAAUAAGUCUGAAGAAAUUACAUUAAUAGCCAUGAAAAUUUUGAAUUUGGUUUAUUCAUAUGACAAAACAAAUAACGUCUCAAACAGAGAGUUUUCCAUGAAUGUUUACUGUUAUAUUAAUCUUGAAUCAAUUUAUUCCAGAAUUUCUCCGACGAAUAUUGAUUUAUCUAUAUUAGCAAUACAAAUUCUUAAGCACUGUAUCAUAUUGAAUCCAUCAAUGCUCCAAGAUAUUUCUGAUGACUUUUUGGUUUCAAUUCAAACAAUUUUUUUGGAAGCUUCUUAUGAAAUCAAGCGUCCUUUGAUACUUCUUAUUAAUAGAAUGAUAAUGCUUACCGAUAGGCUCUGGAAUUUGAUCAGUGACGAUUUUAUUGUUGCAAUGAUUGAUAUCAUUGAUAACUCAUCUUCUAAUGUUAUUACGGCACUUAACAUUAUCACAGUUCUUAUCAUUAAGUAUAUGCAGCAUGGAAAACGAAGAGAAAUUGUAAUAAAAUUAAUCGAGUUUGAGUUAGAGCAAGCUAUUGAUUCCCUACUGGAAACAAAUCCUGAUGUGAGAACAGAAAGUAUCGCUGAACACCUGAGUUCUCUUUUAAAUCCAGAGGAAGAAGAAUUCGAGGAUGAAUAG